UAUCAUCAUCAUAUAUCUGCACACUUACAGGCCGUUGUUUCAGUCGACUGCUGUUUUACGAUCCAUCAAGAGCUUUGGUUUGCUUUGGGUUUUUCACAUCGGCAACAUGAUGAACAGGGUUGUGAUCGGACUCUUUGCUGUGCUCGGAUUCUUCGCUUUAUCCGAAGCCCUGAAAUGUAAUCAGUGUAAAGUUGGCAUUUUAGGCAAAUGCUUGUUCAACUCUGAAGUGACAUGUGCUGCCUCUGACAUCAGCUGUUUCACGGCCAAAGCAGAGUUUAACGUGACUGGAUUUUUGAGCCUUUCCACGAGUGGAUGCACUGCUAAUUGUAACAACACAGAGGGAAGCAUUCUGGGAGCGGGAUACACCGUCACUAAAACCUGCUGUACUGUCGAUCUGUGCAAUGGAGCAAGCAGCACACAAAUCUCUAUGACCGCAGCUCUCAGCGCCGCCCUGCUGGCUGCAGUCUGGGGCAACUACAUGUUAUAAAACCAACGUAUUCUGUCACGCUAUAUUCACGUUAGCUUCAUGAAGCAGAAUUGAUGUAUGAAGAUGAAAUCUCUGCCGAGUGAUAUUCUGUUAUUUUAUUUUAUUCUUUUUCUAAUCUUAUUACAAAAUGUUGUUUUUAUAUAUUGUUUUCAUAUAUAUAUAAAUAUAUAUAUUAAAUAUAUUUCUCUUUACUUCUAGUUAUGUUUUUGCUCUCCUCAGAAUAUGAAGGAUAAUAAAUGUAAAAAAAACAGAAAACUGUGACAGUUUUAUAUGCUUUUAAAACAAUGUAAAAAUAAAGAGUGAAAAACUG